UUGAAAUAGAAGAAAAACUUAUAAAACAAGAAAUAUUAUAUAUUUGAUGAUGAUCAAGAAAAUGUAUAGUGGUUGUAAUUCAGCACCAAGAUUGGAAAAAAAAUAUGUGGAGAAGAAAAGAAGGAACAAUAUGAAGAACCUCUUUAAUCAGCUUUAUUCUCUCCUCCCACUUCAUCCAUCUCAGUUGCAGGAAGCAAUGACAUUGCCAGAUCAAAUAGAUGCAGCAAUAACUUACAUAAAAAGCUUGGAAAUCAAAUUGGAGAAGAGCAAAAUGCAAUUGGAAAAAUUAAGGACUAAAAAGAGGUCCAAUUUACAUGAUCCAAAUCCAAGUAUUAGCAAGUUAUCUUCACCUCAAAUUGAAAUCCAAGAAAUGAGCCCAACAAUGGACUUAAUUUUGAUCAGUGGUCUUGAUAACUUAACUAUGUUUUAUAACAUAAUUAGGUUACUCCAUGAGGAAGAUUUUGAAGUAAUUAAUUCCAGCUUUUCUCUAGAUGGGAACUCUAUGAUGCAUAUUUUCCAUGAAACUAAGGUUAUUGGGAACUCAACAAUGGUGUAUAGAAGAGUGAAAGAAUUGCUUAAUGGAUCUUCAACUGAUGAUAUUAUUGAAACCCUACUAUGUUCAUGGGACAAUGAGAUUCAAUCUGAAAUGUUAGGGUUAAUUAAUUUGAUGUAACAGAGUUAGUACCAACACAACUCACGACUUA